AAUAUUGGAUUUGAGCACAAAAGGUGUGUCUAUUCAGGUUAAAUGAAUAGACAUUACCAGACCAAAAGGUGUGACCAUUGGGGUGAAAUGAAUAGACAUGACUAUUAUAAAUAGACAUGACUAUUGCAUUUAAUAAAAGAAGUGUAAUCAUUAGCCAACGGUCACGAUCUAUGCCUAUAAAAGGCAAAUGGUUCUACCAAUUAAAAGGAUGAAGAGAAUCAGAACAAUUCUGAUUGUUCUUUCUCUCUAGAAUUAUCUCCUACGAUUAUACUUAAGAGGCUCGCAAAAUCCAAAGGUAUUCGGGUCUCUCUUCGUUUGUGCAUAACGCAGUUAGACAACAGUUGGAGACUGAGCUUCAUUUUAUCUUGGAGCCGGCUUCGCUGUAACCCGGUGCACACCGAAUUCUCUUGAAUUGGUGGGGGCGAAUAUCGUCUUAAGGACAGCGACAUAGUAAAGUGACUUGAAGCAUCUCUAUUUAUCCAUUUUCAUCGGCUACGACGAAUUUUGCACCAACACCUUUCCGGGCCAGUUCCCUUUGACCUAGGGAGAAAGAUGAAGGAUCUGUGGAGGCUUAAUCUAGUCGAAAAUAAUUUAGGGUCAGGGGAUGCUAGCGACUUGAGGUUCAUUGAUUCAUUAACUAACUGCAGCAAGCUAGAAAUAUUGGGUUUCAAUGAAAAUGGUUUUGGGGGUGUUUUACCCACUUCCAUAGCAAAUCUCUCCAGUCACCUCAAUACUUUAGCAGCAGGAGAGAACCAGCUGGUUGGACCCAUCCCCGUGGGAAUUUCAAACUUGGUCAACUUAAAUACGUUGGGUUUGGAAGGAAACUUUUUUUCAGGGGUCCUUCCCUUUGAAAUAGGGAAGCUUAGAAACCUCGAACGGGUAUCUUUUGGUAUAAACAAAUUGUCCGGUCCCAUACCAGAAAGCAUUGGAAAUCUCACUCAAAUAUUUGAGAUAUACCUAUAUCAGAACAACUUGAACGGAACCAUUCCUUCAAGUAUUGAAAACAUCCGAGGCUUGCAAACCUUGGAUCUCUCACAUAAUUUCUUAACUGGCCCCAUACCCAAAACAGUAGGCCUUUUCUCCACUUUAACCUUCAUGUACUUGGCUCAUAACGCAUUUAUCGGUGUCCUACCACUCGAAAUCGGGAAAUUGAACAAUCUCCAGGAACUAGAUGUUUCAGAGAACAAGUUGUCUGGACAUAUUCCAAGUACUCUAGGAAAUUGCUUGAAAUUAGAAGGGCUUUUUCUAGAGGGUAACAUGUUUCAGGGUAGUAUUCCUCCCUCUUUUAGCUCCUUGAAAGGAAUUGAAAGUCUAGAUCUUUCACGCAAUAACUUGUUCGGCCAAAUUCCAGAAAAUCUAGCAGCCCUCAGGUUUUUGAAGAAUCUGAACUUGUCAUUUAACAACUUGGCUGGUGAGGUGCCUUUGCAAGGUGUCUUCGGAAACUUGAGUACGAUUUCACUUGUUGGGAACAGAGGGCUUUGUGGAGGCAUUGCAGAAAUGCGGUUACCUGCUUGCCCAAUGUCCAUAAAGAAGGAGAAUCGCCUUGGGUUCAAUAUUAUUGUUCCAAUUGCUUGCAUAAUCCCAUGUCUUUUAGUGGUGCUAUUUUUGGUUGUUUAUCUUAGGAAAAGAAAACAAAAAACCAAAUCUCUCGCCCAACAAGUCAUUGGAGAUAAUUUCUUGAGGGUUUCAUAUGACCAGCUCGUUAACGCCACUGGUGGAUUCUCUUCAUCAAACUUUAUUGGAGCUGGAAGUUUUGGCACCGUGUACAAAGGAAUUCUCCAUGAAAACGAAAAAGCAAUUGCAGUCAAGGUGCUCAAUCUUGAACAAAGAGGAGCAUCUAAGAGCUUCGUGGCUGAAUGUGAAGCUUUGAGGAAAACAAGGCACAAAAAUCUUCUUAAGAUUAUAACAGUGUGUUCAAGUGUAAACCAUGCAGGUGAAGAUUUUAAAGCACUAGUUUUUGAGUACAUGCCCAAUGGAAGUUUGGAGAAGUGGUUGCAUCCAGGAGAAGAUACACCACAACAAGAAUGGAACAUGAGCCUUUCCCAAAGGCUAAAUAUAGCGAUCGACGUUGCAUGUGCCUUAGAAUACCUUCAUCGCCGUUGUGAAACUCCAAUUGUUCACUGUGAUCUAAAGCCAAGCAAUGUUCUCCUCGAUGAAGACAUGAUUGCCCAUGUGGGAGAUUUUGGGCUGGCCAAGUUCCUCACCAUAAAUAACAGUAACAGUGAUGGCGGGCAAACAAAUUCACUUGCAAUCAAAGGUUCUAUAGGAUAUGUUGCACCAGAAUAUGGAACUGGAGGAAGGACAUCUACAGAAGGAGAUGUUUACAGCUAUGGGAUUUUGUUAUUGGAAAUGCUGACAGGAAAAAGACCGACAAAUGGAAUGUUUACAAUCAGACAAAGCCUUCAUGAAUUUUGCAAGGUGGCAUUGCCAGAGAGAGUGAUGGAGAUUGUUGAUCCGCGCAUGCUAUUAGAAGAAGCUAAUGAAGUUGAAAAAGAUACUCAGAAUGAAAGAAUUAGACAAGCCAAAAUAAGAGAAUGCUUAGUUUCCCUUAUGAGGAUUGGAAUUGCAUGUUCUGAGGAAUCACCUGGCAAAAGGAUGAACGUCAAGGACGUGAUCAUAGGAUUAAUGACAAUAAAGGAAGUCUUUCUUGGAGUAGGUAUCCAUGGCAAGAGACAAAUGAGGAUGCGACUCACCGGUGAAGGAACGUCUCUAGAAUAGCUACUGAGAGUGCCGCUAGAGGAAUUGACUCUGCGGAGGAUGCUUGGAAGGUUUGAAGCACAAUCACUUAGUUAGAAAGGCCAAAACCCAAAUAUGCAGGCAGUUUGUUAAUCAUGUAAAUUAAAAAGAAUAAAAGAGAAGGUGAAAGUUCUCUCCCACGUAUAGUUUUGAGUUUUCAAGUAGUCAUAGUUGUGCAUAUUUAAUUAAUUCCGUAUGCAUGUAAGUUCCCACAAAAUGUAAGGCAUUAAGAAUGUGUGUGCCAGUAGCAUCUUAUAUUGGUUUGGUAACAAAUAGUAACAUUUUCGAAACUCUCUCACUUGGGAAUGGAUGUGUUUUC